CCGAGUUUAAAGUUUGGGGUCAGAAAAAUGUCUGCCUUGUGCAGGGUGGGGUGUGUUUCAAAGAGAGCAACAAAUUUGGCUCGGAUAUCAUGCCGGAGUCUCCUGGCGUUUACUAAAAAAUUCAGUACCGGGGAGACGGGUGAAAUCCCCGGUAACGAAGAGGAUACCCCCCUGCCAGCUGAGAAAAAGUUCGGCGGGUUUGCGGCAGCGUUUGAGCUCCAUUCUGACCUGCAGCAGAAACAUGCCAUGGCAGCGGGCACUGUCAGAAAGCCAGCCAGCAACAAGAAUGAACAGUCUUUUGCAUAUCUGUUAAAGCACUCUCCUUUGAUUCAGAUGGGAACUGCCAGGGAUAAAGUGGCAGUCGGCAAAAUCUUCCACAUUGUAAACGACGACCUGUACAUUGACUUCGGUGGAAAGUUUCACUGCGUGUGCAAAAGACCUUCAGUCGACGGAGAGAAGUACCAGCGCGGUUCAAGAGUGCGUUUGAGACUGGUGGACCUGGAGCUCACGUCUCGGUUCCUCGGAGCAAAGACAGACACCACCCUGCUGGAGGCUGAUGCUGUGCUUUUGGGACUCCUGGAAUCGAAGCCAAAAUGAUAAUACAGGCCGAGUUCUGGACACUUCAAAACGGACAGCGGCGCAAAUGUUAAUAUUCUCGUAAAAAAUCUGGCAGGUGUACAUUCUGAUCAUAUGCGGGCCUCCUCAUUUAGUGUGUACAAAUAAACGUGUUAUAUUGAACAGAACUACAUACUGCUAUUUAUGUUGUUCUCAGUGCUCGAUGUCAACGUGCGGUUUACUGCGUCAGUCUACUAACUGAACACAUUUCAGUUUUUGCUGUUGCAAGCAACAAUGUAAGUAACAACAAGUAAUCCGCAGUGUAUGUGUAAGAUCACAGCUAACAAUAGCAUGGAAAAGUAGCUCAAGAUUCAUCUUAUUUGGUUAAGGGGUUUCUAUAAAACUCUCAAGUAUGACAUAAGGGUGGUGAUAUUAAAAUUAAUAAAUGCUUAUUUUUCUUCCAUUUUUUUCAGUUAAUGUGGUAAGUUAAAGCAUGCUCAAACUACUUACAUUAAAAAAAUUCAUAAAACACACACUAUAUAUAUAUAUAUAUAUAUAUAUAUAUAUAUAUAUAUAUAUAUAUAUAUAAUUGCAAUGGAAGUGUUAAAUACAUUCAUUUCAACUUUUGAUGAAGGCUGAUGGGUCACAAAAUCACAUGAUUUCUCAGGAACCGGAGACACGGGCAGAAUUCUUAAAAAAAAGGGUCAUUGUUGUAGUAACAUCAUUUACAGGAAGUUGCAACGUCAAGAAGAAAUGUGUGUUCUGUUUCCGUUAAGAUUGCGUGCAGGGCAUCAUUUCCCCACCCCUGCUUGGCUGGGUUACCGUAUUUACACACGUUCACAUGUGUUUCAACGCCAGACAUGUAAUACCAUAAUCUCCCCAGUAUUACCAUUAUAUGUGUAGUCUUAUGAUUAUCUAAAAGUUUCGUUACAGUUGGCGUCUGUAUAGAAAUGAACCUUUUCACUGUUUUUAGCUUACAGAUAUUUUACUUCAUGUACCCCUUACAUUGUGCAACUGGGAUGCUCCCUUGUGAAUAUACAGACAGACACACUAAAUUAUUACAUAUUGCAGCUACUAGGAGCAAUUGCAACAAAGUAAUAAACAAUCACAUCUACUCUUCUACAAGUUACUUUCAAUGAAAUAAACGGGACACUAGCGAAUGCAGUGUUGUUUUUAUUUGGUCCUUUAUUGGGUAGACAUUUCUCAUAGCAGUAUAGAAGGAAUCAGCCCAGUGUUUUAAAAACAGCCUAAUUAGUAACCGUAUCUAUUCAUUUUCAUUACAGUACUUGAAUAGAGAAUGGCACAGAUUAAAACAGAUCUAAUAAUAAUAUUGAAAAAAUCAUUAUGAUCUUCUACUCAAAAUACUAACCACAAAAUACUGCUUUUAAAAAUAAAAACACGCCAGUACAAUUUAGGUUGCCUUCGAAGGCAUGAAUUACAAUUAUAUUAUUAUUAUUAUUAUUAUUAUUAUUAUUAUUAUUAUUAUUAAUGGUGAUGAUGAGGAUUAAUCAGAUGUCCAUCAGACCACUGUUUAACUGUUGCUUGACCAGAUCAACACCCAACCUUCUCUAUUUUGUAGUGUCUGGAACAGUAAAAUGUUGAACUAUAGAAAAACAGUAACCAUCGCUGUAUAGUUGCCUACAACACAAUAACUGCUUAUCUGGGCCCUGUUCCUCCUAGCUGGCUAACUGAGUUAGUCAGAUAACUCUCAGGAUAACUUGACAGAAGUCUGGCUUUUUCCGUUCCUCGAAGCAAGCUUAAAGUAUAGCUGACUAAAUUACCAUAGCAACACAUCCUUAAUCUUAAACCUGCUCCAGCGCAGGCUAACUUAAAAUUAGCCGGAUCUGUGUAUAAAAAUUCAAUGAAAGCACUUGACACACCCCUCUAAAACGGCAGCGCCCUUCCUUAGGGAUCCCAUAGAUCAAGGAGCAAUUUUAAUUAGAUUAGCUUUUCGUAGGGAAAGAGUAUUUAGAGAUCGCCAAGAUCCUUUGCAUCACAGAUGUUUUGUAUUUGAGCGCUAUAGAUUCGGUCGGCAAGGUAUCAUUUACCUAAUAAAUCUACUUGAGCCGUGCAUUGCCCAUACCACCUGGCACAGCCGUGCGUUGACAGUAACACAUACUAUAUGCAUAGGGCUGCGCCUUUUUUUGCUAGCGGCGCAUUCCUAUACUCAGUUGGCGAUGCUGAAAAUAUCGGCAAAGCCGUUAUGCCGUGCAGCCCGAAGGGUCUACCUCGCCCUAAAGAGAUUUCUUAAUGUGUUCAUCACAUUUCCCGGACAUACAAGGGGAAACGCCAUCAAAGAGGGCUUCUCUGCAGUCGCAGGUAAUCUACUAGGUUAUAUGCAAUUUAAUGAAUAGGUAAUCCCAUCGUUAUCGUUUAUUAAGUAGGCUACAUUAUUAUGCAGAGUUCCCCAGCGUCACUGGUGCUGUGGACAGACAACCAAAUGAGGCGGAUUUUGUGAACAGGAAAUCCUUUCACAGCAUUAAUGUACAGGUACUUAUGACGUUAUCACUUACAUGAAAUUAAAAAUGAUCUACAAUUCAGCAACUGAUGCACAUUAUCCAUUCUAAUGACAAUUACACAAUGCCAGUGCUAGACAGUAGGUGUCAGACUUUGGAUAAUACUGUACAUCAUCCAUGACUUGGCCUCAGUUAUUCUCAGAUGAUCUGUGACAGCUCCUGCGACAACAGUCACAUGUGCGGUGCUCCACAAAUUAAAAAAAAAAAAAAAAAAAAAAA